UCUCAUCCUGCAUGGUGCAGACAAGAAACACAACAAACAGGAUGAAGUUUGAGAACGUUCUGGCUGAGGCUGAUGGCUUUGGACGUUAUCAGAUUGCACUGUUCGUAUUGUUGAUUGUACCACGCAUCACCCUCCCCUUUCACUUCCUGCUAAAUAACUUUAUUGCUGCAACACCAUCCCAUCAUUGCAACAUCAGCUCUCUGGACACUCGAGAUGGUGUUUUUGAGUCUCUUACCCAGGAGGAGCAACUGACUGUCAGCAUUCCAAAACAGGAAGAUGGAACUUUUACUUCUUGUCAAAUGUUUUCACAAACUCAUUUUUUUCUUUUGACAAACUCAUCUAAUGCUACAGAAAUUCCUGUGGUUCCAUGUCAGAGUGGAUGGGUCUAUGACACCAGUUACUUCAAGUCCACUUUGGCAUCACAGUUUGAUCUAGUGUGUAAUACAAAGGGACUAACUAAAGCAUCGGCCACUGUCUUCUUCAUUGGUGUCAUGUUUGGGGCCAUAUUCUUUGGCGUUCUCUGUGACAAGUAUGGCCGUAAAACCAUACUGCUGGUUUCCUACGUCUCGGCCAUCGUCUUCAGCAUAGCCAGUGCUGUCUCGACUAGUUUCAUCAUGUUUGCAGCAUUCCGCUUUCUGACCGGAUUCAGUCUGUCCGGAAUCAGCAUCGUAGCCAUUGUUCUUACUAUCGAGUGGGUGGACAUCGAGCAUCGCACCACUGUUGGUGUGCUUGGCAGUGUUGUCUGGACUGCGGGUAAUUCCCUGCUUGCAGGCAUUGCCUACGCCAUUACUGAUUGGAGGAUACUGAUACUUACAGUCUCCUUCCCUCUUGUGAUCUCCGUGGCAACCUGGUGGUUAAUCCCAGAGUCGGCUCGCUGGCUGAUAGUGAAUGGAAAGACUGGUGAGGCGUAUAAAUUUCUACAGAAGUGUGCUAGUGUGAACAGACGACCAGAAUUUACUUCCACAAUCAAGCCUCAGACAUUGUGUGAGGUUGUCAUAGGAGAUAAACAGGGACAUAACUAUACUUAUUUAGACCUCAUCAAAACUCCACGCUUGAGGAAACUUACCAUCUGCACCGGUAUUGUUUGGUACGGUGUGGCCUCCACAUACUAUGGCAUCAGUCUAAACAUCACAGGCUUUGGGCUAGACCUCUACCUUACGCACUUUAUCUAUGCCAUCAUCGAGCUGCCCGCAAAAAUAAUCAUCUUCUUCACACUGAAGAAGUUCGGGCGACGAGCCAACCAGGUGGGAGCACAGGUCCUUACAGGAGUGUGUAUUAUCAUCAACAUCAUCACUCCUAAAGAGUACCAGACAGUUCGCACUAUUAUAGCGGUGUUGGGGAAAGGCCUGUCAGAAGCUUCAUUCGCCACCUUGUUCCUGUACACCACUGAGCUUUACCCUACUGUGUUACGACAGAACGGUGUGGGUUACUCCAGCUUUAUGGGGCGAUUAGGAGCGUCCAUCUCCCCAUUGAUAAUGAUGCUGGAUGAUGUGUGGCUGCAUUUUCCCCAAGUGGUGUUUGGGGUGAUGGCCAUCCUGUCUGGCUUGGUGGCGCUAUUGCUUCCUGAGACCAACAAUGCUCGACUGCCCGAGACCAUCGAGGACAUUGAGCAGACCAGAAAGAGAUCAUCCUGCACGAGCACAGAGGAACAGAUUAAUCCUCUGAAAAGAGACAUAAAUGAGGAGACUGUGAACUAG